AUGUCCUCCCCUUCCAUUUCCAACUCCUCUUCCGCCGAGCCACAAUCCAAAGAAGCGGCCUUACCACCAGAAGUCCAGUACAUCCAAUACUCGCACACGCUCGAAAAACAAUACCUGCCCUCGAUACGCGCCCUCAUCUCAAAGGACCUCAGCGAGCCAUACAGCAUCUACGUAUAUCGCUUCUUCCUCUACCAAUGGGGCGAUCUAUGUUUCAUGGCCCUGAACCCCACCACCACCCCCCCUAGCCUCCUCGGCGUCAUAAUCUCCAAACUCGAACCGCACAACUCCGCGCUCCCUAGCUCCCCGACGCCCACCACACAGCGUGGCUACAUCGCCAUGCUCGCCGUGUCGGCCGCGUCGCGGAACCACGGCAUCGCGACGGCGCUAGUGCAGAAGACGAUCGAGGAGAUGCGGGACCGUGGCGCGGAUGAGGUGGUGCUGGAGACGGAGGAGGGAAAUGGGGGUGCGAUGCGGCUAUAUGAGAGGCUGGGGUUCUUGAGGAGUAAGAAGCUGAGUCGGUAUUAUUUGAACGGGAAUAGUGCGUAUAGGUUGGUGCUGUUUUUGAGGGGCGUGGAGGAUAUGGGGAGGGAUGGGCAGGUUUAG